CCUCUCUCCUCUGGGUGGUGGGCAUCCGUCAACUCGCACUUGAAGAGUUCCUGGCCGAUGCGUGGCCUCUCACCAGCUUACGUUUGAGUGAGAACAUCCAUCAAUUGACACAAAUAUGGCCAGAUAAUGAAUCAUUUUCCUGUGACUCAAGCUAAUUUGAGAACAUUUACCGGUGGCAGUAAAGGAAAUGGAAGAUUAUGCGCCGAAUGUGUCAUCAAUGGAUAUCCGUCGUAGUGGAACCAUGGAGCGCAAGAACUCCGCGCACAAGAAAUUCGGACCCCCCCUGAAUGCCAACAUAAGUGCAAUUGCAUCUGAAGACAUCAGAAUGCCUAAUUUGAGCCCACCGAUUAUUAACAGCCCGAGUCAAUCCUUAAUCAGGUGCUCAAAAUCGAUUGCCUUGGCCGUGGAAAUGUUUGCCACGGUGGGGGAAACCAUUUGUGAUCAAAACCGCGAGAUUCAUGGUGAUAUGCAAGAUGCUUGUGCCAAAUCCAGAUCCUUCUGUGAAUCCUUGGAAAAAAAUUGUGACAGGUUUCACCGACAAGUGUUCACAGCUCUGGAGACGACAAUUACCUCCAUGCGAAGGCAUUCCUACGAUCGACACGAUUUCCAAGGUGAAUUGAACAAGCUCACCCAUAACGCGAGUUGCCUGUUGGCCACCAUGACUCGAAUCUUGCUCCUAGCCGAUAGCAUCAUGGUCAAAGAAGUACUCGUAUCAAAAGAUAUGACCAUGCCUCACGGGGAGAAUGCUUUGACUCCUUUGGGCCAAUUGCACCACUUCACGGAGUUUGUAAAGGCCUUCAGCGACUUUGGUGUGGAGAUGAUCCGAUUUUGCAUCCUGAUAGUGAGCAUGAGAAAAAACCGCCUCUCGAUGUCAUCGCAAUCCCUAAGCUUCGCGACUGAGAUGCAAGAACGUCGAGAUGGACAUUAUUGUCGACAAGUUCAGAUCGAGUUUGCGCAAAACAUUCUUGAACGAUCCUCUGUCUUGCUCCUCUCAUCAUCCAGCACCGUACAAUCUCAUCCGGAGAGUGGCAGUGCUCGCGAAAAUCGAGACACGGUGUUUUGUCAGAUGAGAAGAGCUCUCGACUUGAUUCAUUACAUCAUCAAGGACGGAGUCAUGCAUUGUGGCCUUCAACUUCGUGAUGACGAAGGUAAUUCGAUUGGUCCCAUUUUCAACGAGGACGAUUCCGUGGUCUCGCCUGGAGCGGUGCCCACAGUCAUGCAAUCUAUCGAAUGCUUUGUCGAUGCCGUAACGAUCAUGCAAAUGAGUUUGGUCAGUGAGAGUUACAAGGAUCAUCUGUUUAAUACCUUGGACGGAAUUAUCGAGAGCAUCCAGGAUUUCACUGACUCGGCUCACACCAAACAUGAACGACGUCAAACCAUCCUCAUGCUUUGUGAGAAGGCGAAGGACGAGCUCUCACGUCUACUAGGAGACAUAUCAGAAGACGCUUUUUCAGGACUCUUAGACAUAUCCAGCUCACCUCAACCUCCCUCUCGCGAUGUCGAAGAUUCGAUGCGAGCCCUCCGGGCGACUACCGACAAUUUACGCUUAGAACUCCAAGAAAUUGCUGUGGAACAUUCUUUCCUCUUGGGACAAGUUUGUGAUUUGGCCAAUGCCAUAACCUCUUCCCUCAUGGAGAGUGCCAUUCAGGGUGACUUUGAACAAUUAGAGUACUACUCUGUCCAAUUUUCAGCCACCCUUGUUAGUAUUGAGGAGAUCUCAAAAGUGAUACGAAAUGCUUUCGUCUCAGAUGUACUCAACGUUCAAACCAAGCAUGCGGAGAUCAACUUAAAAAUAUUCGGCCCGCAGAUCAUCAUUGCGGCGCAAACUCUGAUCCAUCAUCCACACUCCAAAGCGGCUCAUCACAAUCUGGAGUGCUUCUGUACACUCUGGAAGAGUCUAGCCAACGAACUCAUGUUGGGCUGCAAGCAAGUUCAAGGCGAUGGUAUUUUCUUUGGCAAUCAUUUGAAACUUCCAAGUUUGGACCAUGGAGGUGCUCCCAUGAUAGUUGAGCAACCACCCACUCCCACAACUGUAACGAACCCAUCUCCCUAUGUAAAUUUCCACCCGUCACUCGGGAAUAGUCUUCAGUUUCCUGACUGUUCCUCCAACUUAGGUAAUAACCCACAUCAAUCAGUACCGGAUCUCAGUAGUUUUGGCAAGUCUGGACCAGGACCUCAGGCGAGCAAUCUACAAGUACCUUACGCUCCUUCUAGAGAGCGAAGUUUGGGUGAUCCCACCAUGGAACCACGUCGUCACUCCACCUCCAGCCUUAACCCCAACCUUGGACAACGUCCAGCGUCGUCUUCGUCUCAGUUCUUUGGCGGUGUGAGCAGUAUGAGCGGUGGGGCUGGAUUCAAGGGGGAGUCUGAGCGGCGACAGUGCUUAAGUUCUUUCAACAACUUUGAUCCGACGGGCCAUGAGCCUCCUUUAGGUCCUUAUGAUAAUCACAUUAACCACCCUCAGGAUCUCUUGAACACGUAUAAAGACGUAGAAAAUAACGAGAUCGUGAAGCGUGCCAAAAAGAUGGCGUCCCAAUCGGACGAGAUGUACGACUUCACAAUUGGCUUUGGACGGGUAAAAACCACGCAAGAUCUUUUCACUUUGGCCGAGAAAUUUGCCGAGGAGGCCAACUUGCUGUACAAAGUCAUUCGCUUAUUUUCGUACGAUGUUCCGGCUGGAGAAGACAAGAGGUCCCUCAUGGCCAUCGCCGAUCACGUUCCCAAGCACUGCCACACUCUACAGAUGCUCAUUCAGAGCCCUAUUGUAGGGAAAGCCGCCACUUUCACAAAGGUUGACAGCAUCAUAAAAGAAACAAGACAAAUCAUGCAACUUGUAGUGCGAGUAGUCCAUAUCUGUUAUAUCAACGCCAACAAAUAUCAUUUGGAUUUCAGUAACAUAUCAAUGGAGGGUCGGGGAAGCUCCAAUGACGAUUCAGCUCAACCUUUUGGCAGCUCUGGAGGCGCCACCAGUGGCUCAUCAAGCGGGAACGACUCCUCCUGACAGUUUGGGAUGUCGCGAAAUCGACAAACGGCUCCAGCCACGACGGCCAACAAGAGAACCAGAGUCUCGUUCCUACUCUAUUAGGCACGAUCCGAUUUCGCGGCAUCCACCUCAUCAAUUAUUCCAAAAGAAGACUGCUCAAUGGAAUUGUUA